AUGGGUCUCCAGGGAAUCAAAGGCCCUUCAUACAGACUUGUCCAUGGAAACGCUAAAGAAAUCUUGAACAUGAAGAAGGAAGCAAUGAGCAGAUCCAAAGGUUUAUCACAUGACAUAUUUCCUGCACUUCAACCUCAGUAUCACUCUUGGUUCAAGACAUAUGGGAAGAUUUUUCUUCAGUGGGUAGGUACUGAAGCUCAAUUGGUAGUUAUGGAACCUGAGUUAUGCAAAGAGAUACUGAUUAACAAAGAUAAAGUUUAUCUGCAAGUGAAAAUGCAUGGAUUUGGGAAGAAGCUACUUGGAAAUGGCAUCGGGAAUUCUGAAGGCGAACGAGAGCUUUUCAAAACUAGUGAUGAAGUUGAAGCAGAGAAGCUUGAGAAGGAAAUACGCAAAACGAUACUAGAGAUUGUGAAGAAAAGGGAAAACAAGGCAGUGGCACAGCAGGAUGAACUCAACUUUGGGGGGGAUUUUCUUGGAUUACUUUUGAAGGAUCAUCAUGUUGACAGUAAUGACAGAUACAGGUUCACAAUAGAUGAUAUAAUUGAUCAGUGCAAGGCAUUGUACUUUGCUGGACAAGAAACCACUAAUGGUUCGCUGUCUUGGACCGUCUUUCUUCUGGCACUUCAUCAGGAUUGGCAAGAGGAAGCAAGAAAAGAAGUCCUACAAUUAUUCGGAAAACAGAAUCCAAAUAUCGACGGCAUUUCCAGACUAAAAACUAUGAAUAUGAUCAUCAAUGAGUCUCUAAGGUUGUAUCCUCCUGUUACUCAACUUAUAAAAAGAACUGAAAGGGAAGUUAGGCUGGGGAAGUUGAUUGUUCCUGCUGACAUUGAUUUGGUCAUUCCAAUUGUAGCACUUCACCAUGACACUCAAAUAUGGGGACAAGACGCCGGACUUUUCAAACCGGACCGAUUCUCAGAAGGGGUUGCAAAAGCUACUAAGAAUAACAUGGCUGCAUUCAUACCAUUUGGAAUAGGACCUAGAAUUUGUGCGGGAUUCAACUUUGCCACCACUGAAAUUAAGAUAGCUCUGUCAAUGAUUCUGCGACGCUACACCUUCACUCUUUCCCCGGGAUAUGUCCACUCACCUCUUCAUUUUCUUACACUUCGCCCGCAGAAUGGACUUCAAGGAUUCCAUUGUGACACUCUUCAAGUUGAUCAAACCAGGGAACUUAUGCUAGAGAUCGUUAACGAGAGCUUAAUUUUCGAAACUGGUGAGGAAGUUGAAGCAAAGAAGCUUGAGAAGGAAAUACGCGAUACGAUACUAGAGAUUGUGAAGGAAAGAGAAAACAAGGCUCAGCAGGAUGAACACUUAGGGGGCUUGGGUGGGGUGGGGAUGAAUAUGAUUAUCAAUGAGUCUCUAAGGUUGUAUCCUCCUGUUAUUCAACUUGUAAAUAGAACUGGAAGGAAAGUUAGGCUGGGGAAGUUGAUUAUUCCUGCUGAUAUUGAUUUGGUAUAUGGAAUAUAA